GUGUGUGUCACGUGACCAGCGCGGCUUCACAGCAGGCUUGAGCUGCAUGCUAACUCACUACUGCAGUGCACUGUCCGCUCUGAACGCCAGCAGCCUCUUUUCCCAUUCAAACACCCCGCACUGGGAAUAGAUCUAAACAACUAUUCCCUGAACGUUCUCUGUGUGCCAGACCGGUCCAAAUAUCCUUAUCAAAUGGAUAAUGGGGACUGGGGGCAUAGGAUGACUCACCCAGUCACCUUAAAUGUUGGAGGUCACCUCUACACCACUUCAAUCGCCACGCUCCAGCGUUACCCGGACUCUAUGCUCGGAGCCAUGUUCCGUGGCGACUUCCCCACCACGCGGGACGCUCAAGGAAACUACUUCAUCGACCGGGAUGGGACUCUUUUCCGCUACAUACUGAACUUCUUACGCACAUCUGAGCUCACCCUACCAGGUGACUUCAUGGAGAUGGAUCUUCUUCGCAAAGAAGCUGACUUUUAUCAGAUUGAGCCCUUAAUCCAAUGCCUCAAUGACCCCAAGCCGCUCUACCCUCUGGACACCUUCGAACAGAUGGUGGAGCUGUCUAGCACCCGCAAACUUUCUAAGUACUCAAACCCUGUAGCUGUCAUCAUCACACAGUUGACCAUAACCACCAAGGUUCACUCCCUGCUGGAGGGAAUUUCCAACAACUUCACCAAGUGGAACAAACAUAUGAUGGACACAAGAGACUGUCAGGUGUCCUUCACUUUCGGUCCAUGUGACUACCAUCAAGAGGUGUCUCUUAGGGUCCACCUCAUGGACUACAUCACUAAACAGGGGUUCACAAUCCGGAACACCCGAGUGCACCACAUGAGUGAACGUGCCAACGAGAACACAGUGGAGCACCACUGGACUUUCUGCAGGCUGGCUUACAAAGUAGAAGACUGACAAACCUCAGAGUUGAAAACUGUGCUACAUUUCCCAUUCGGUUGCUGCUGAUGCCAAUGUUAUAACUUAAUUAAGCUGUAUAUAUUUUAAUGUUUAUGUGACCAAACUCAUUAAUGAGGGGAAAGGGAAAAAAAACAAAGGGGAACAUCAGGCAAGUCAAUGUUAUAUUCUUCAUGAAAGCAAAUUUUUUUUCUCUUAAGAUCUUUCAAGGAGGUCAAGACAUGUUUAAAUCCAUCUCCAGUAGGAAAAUUAAACUACCAGAAGUAUACAAAUCUUCAAUCAUGUAGUCAGUAAAAACAGGCACCAGAUAAUUGUUGCAAAUAAUCACUCUAGACAAAAAAAAGUGUGCACUAUGUGCAACAUAAAGGUGUUGAUUGCAUGUGUGCUUUUACCAUAUACCUGAAGUAUUAAAAUAUCAACGUGUCCAAAUGAAAAUCCAUUCCAUUAUUUUGUUCAGGGCAAGGUUAUUGCUCACAGCUACAGUCCUACAAACGUGAGGUUUGAGUACUUGAUGUUGGUUUCUGCAGGAAGCAGAAUUUUUUUCUCUUUGCGAAGUUGCGAUAAUUAUUUCUGAUCUCUGUGCAGAAAUUUAAUGGUCUCAGUGUUAAAGAUGUGAUGAUUCCACUUUUUUCCAAUACAGAUCUUGAAAACUCUAGCGUUGACCGAUGUUGAUCUGCUAUUUUUUCUUUGAUUUAUUUAUUUAAUUGAUUUUUUUAUCAAGACACUUAAGAAAAAAGUAGGCCGUCAUGUUCAGUCUACUUAAACACUCUGCC